UGGUCAAUUUUCGUUCUCGGGGAUUGACGUCCUGAUAGAAUGUCAAGAUGUUGUCGCGACCUAAGCCUGGGGAGUCAGAAGACGAUCUCUUAAAGUUCCAGAGACAGUUUCUUGCUGCUGGUGGUUCUGCAGCUGCAAAGGUUGUGAGGAAAGCCGAUAAGAGGAAAGGAUCCGAGGAUACUAGCGAAGAGACCAGUGGAGGAACAGAGGAGAGAGAUGUCGUUUCCAUUGAAGAUUUCUCUGACUUGCCUCCAAUCUUAACACCAGGGCCAUCCAAAAAGUCAAAAGUUGCUGAAACACGAGUACGUUUUGCUGAAGAAGAUCCAGAAGAUAUAUUGGAACAGCAUGACCAGCAUAUCACUGCAGUUAUCUCAAAAAUCAUUGAGCGGGACACUAGUGCCGCCACCAUCACAGCACCUGUUCCUACAGGAGAGCCAUUUCCUCGGGUCUUCCACAGAUCAGAGAUACCUAGUGGGACUACACCAGGAAUUGGGAAAGUCAGUAUCUUUGCUCAAAAAAUGGCUGCUAAGAGGGCUACUGAAGCAGCAAAGAAAGCGGAAUCUUCCUCGGUCCUCCCCCAUCCAGAGCACUUUGUCAGUCCUACACUUGUCCUCCCUGAUGAAAGCAAAUCUUCCCAUUUGAAAGGUGAGAGAGGGGAAGACAAGCCCCAUCUGAUUACAGGAGAAGGUCUGCGUAGUUUAGAGGGUCAUGAAGAGGCGCAGAGGAUCCAUGAGGAGAAUGUGAACAAGCUAAAGGCUCUGUCGGAGGAGGAGAUCCUGCAAGAACGCCAGCGGCUUCUCUCACAGCUUGACCCCAAGUUGGUUGCUUUUUUGAAAUCAAAAAGUAAAGACCCAGACACCCAGAGGUAUUCAAACAUUGGCGACACAACCAGUGGUCCCCAGUCUGUCAGCUAUGAAUCUUCUGGUUCUGCCACACAGGCACAAGCAACAAAGGAGAUUCCUGAAGCGGAAGAAGAAAAUCUAACUGCUUUGUCAGUUGAUGAUCUUCCAGUAAAGCCUCAGAAGGAAUGGGUACACAUGAACACAAUGGAGUUUGAGAAGCUGGAGUGGAUAAAGGAUCUGCCCCAAACUCGGCAAAAGAAAACAAAAAAGGGUAUGCAGGCUCGAUUCAGUCUGAAGGGAGAUCUGAUACCUCCAAAUGAAGAGAUUCCUACACAUAUGGGCCUACACCACCAUGGAGAGGAGGCAGAGAGAGCAGGUUAUUCUCUUCAGGAACUCUUCCAUCUGUCUCGCAGCCAGUUCAUUCAGCAAAGGACCUUGUCAUUGCAAGUUCUGGGCCAUAUUGUAAAGAAGGCUAAGCAAGGAGAGUUUGCCUCUGUCCUUAAGGGAAGUGUGCUUCGCCUGCUCCUGGAUGCUGGAUUCCUCUUUCUGCUGCGCUUCGCUAUAGAUGAUAACAUAGAUACUGUCAUUUCUGCAUCAGGUGGCACUUUUCAUGCUUUACUGGUGUCUCCAGAGGAUGAGGAAUACCUGGACAUGACUUUUUCAUGGUACCAGGGAGCAAAGGUCUUCCCUUUCUUGCCUAAUCAAGAGGAGGAAGAUGAAGAUGAUGAAGAUAUCGUUGAGGACUCUGGUUUUGCUGAAGGAGACCAGAGAAAAGCUAAAGAGGAAAAUAAAUCUGAUCCAGAAGUGGCACGUUAUGAUGCUAUAAAGGGUCUUCUGAAGACAAAAUUUCUUCACCGGCUUAGAUAUAUUUUGGAAGUAAGAAGACCGCCACCUCCUGUUGUUCAGAAUAUCCUCGAGAUUCUCACAAGGGUGGCCCGUCACUCUGCAGCAGCCUGCAGCCAGCUUCUGAAUUGUCCACGGUUAAUAGAAACAAUAGUGCGUGAGUUUCUGCCCAUGCAGUGGAGUGUGCCAAUGGAAACCGUAGACCUGGCACCUACUAGUCUCCACGGUGUGCCCUGUUCAGCUGCUAUGAAGUUUCUUAGAGUGCUAGCAUCUUCUAGCUGCCACUCAGCUGCCAGACUACUGCACACAUUUGAAAUGAAGAGCCGUCUAAGCAGAUUUGCUGUGCAGGAGCCAAAAGAGCUUCCUCUGCUGAGAGAGGAGGCUGAGAGGCUGAGUACUGAGACCUUCCGCCUCUGGGCUAUUGUGGCCGGCUACGGACAAGCAUGUGAUAUAUACAGAGAGCUGUACCUAGCUGUGAUAAGGAUUCUCCAGUCUCUGCCCAGUAUGAUUGCCUCCUGUAUAGGGAACUUUUCCUCUGCAGCGCUCUCUAUUCAGCGGGCUGCUGCUGUAAUUACUCUGCUUAGCCAUGUGACUCAGACAGCGGGCUGUGCUGCCGAGCUUGAAGCACAACUGCACAGUGCUCCUGUGGACUCAGAACCUCAGAUCCCUCCACCUGCGGUAUCAUGGGAUAAUGUCACUGGAUUACUACCCAUAGUGGAAGGAUGCUUGAGGAGAUGUCUGCAAGAAGUUGGAAAUGCCAGCGCUUGGGACCUGCUUCAGCCACUCACCCUCACAUCCAUUAACUUCCUUGCAUCAUACUACCAGGCUGCUAGCCGGCAGCCCUCUCUGAAUACUGUUUUGUGUAAUGAGGAAAUGGAGAAGUUGACAGAGAGUGUUCUACUGCCUUUACUAAAUCAACCAUCUGUAAAGUCUAUGUGGGACUUACUCAGGUCUUGCUCUGCUGUGUGUAACCCUCUUACCUGCUCCCCUCUCCCGGAGUCUGUCAGCAGCAUUGUGACUUUGAGUUGUGCAGGAGGGAAACCACCACUCAGCCUGCCUGGGAAAAAAUCCCCAUUCCCUCUUCUGACUGCUGUGCUGAACCUCGUCUGCAGUAUCUGCAAUAUCCACAAGGGGCUGGUCAGCAAGUUCUCUUUUAUAUUGGAAUACAAAGGUCUACACGAUUAUUUGCUUAAGACUUCUGAAUCUCCAACACCAGCUGUGACCCCUUCUUCCAAUUGGCUUCUGCGACACGAAUAUCAUUUCCAGCAUUUCAUAUUAUCACUGAUGUACAAAGCGGCAUCUUUGUCUCUAGAGCAAUCUCAAUUUGGCUCGAUUUUCCACUCUGUCUCAUUGACCUUACUGAGUCGAUUCUUACCAGGCAGUGAGCACUUAGCUCAUAAGAUCCUUACCACUUUGGCAUUCAAUCCUGUUUUCAUACCAGAGGGAAGUGCGGGAGGUCCACAAGCAGCUGAUUUAUCUGAUAUUUUACAUAUUACAUCUGAAGGCAAACCAACACCCCUAGGAUCAGCUGCUUCAGCUUCAGAGUCUCCAAGUCGUGGUAUUCUGCUAGAACAAGCCUUCAAAGACCUCCCUUCCAUCCAGAGCUGUUACUUAACUCAUUUUGCCCACAUGGAACAAGCCCUCAACCAUUCUAAGGUUGUCUAUGAGGAAAGGACUUGUUUUGUUCAAUCUGCCAUGUUACCCGAAGCCAGAGGUCCCAUUCUGCCAUUUGAUUGGCCAUUUCUACCACUGAUCAAUCUUUACAACAAAGUAACGAAUGCAGAAACAAAGGGGAAAAUAGUGAAUAGUCUCUCUCCCGAUCUGGUUAACAGAGUCACGAGGAACUUACAGUGGAUACUUCUUUUGGAAACUUGGCGUCCUGGAUGCUUACAGAGUGUCCCCACUGCUGCAAAACUGGCCAGAUUGACUUGUGUCUUUCUGACCGGUAGUGACCUCUUCUUAGAAGCUCCUGUUCAUGCAUAUACGGCAGCACUUACUGUUCUUUAUAGUCAGCCUGAACACAUGGAAUCAUUAAAGCUUGACAUGCCUCUGCCUGGGCUGGCGUCAUUCUAUGAUUUCUACAUGGACCUCUUGGAGCAGUUUGAAGGCGUUUCCUUUGGUGACCCCUUAUUUGGAACAUUUGUGCUUCUCCCGCUGCAGAGACGUUUUAGUGUCCAACUCAAACAGGCCAUGUUUGGAGAACAUGUCAACAGUCUGAGGUCCCUGUGUGUACCCCUGAAGGAGUUUCCUAUCCCACUUGCUCUGUACACAUCUCCUCCUGAAGAUAAUUUGAAUUUGCUGCGUCUCUAUUUUCGGACUCUAGUAAUGGGAGCGUUGCGUCAGACUUGGUGCCCUGUGCUUUAUGUCGUGGCUUUGGCUCAUGUGAACAGUUUCAUCUUCUCACAACACCAUGUGGCUGAGGAAGUUGACGCUGCAAGGAAAAGCAUGCUCCGAAAGACAAAUCUACUGGUGGAUGAGGGUCUCAGGAAACAUCUCCUGUACUUCAAGCAGCCAUCCAGCGACAGUCCAUUAGGUUUUGAGAUGUACAAUGAGCUUCCUCCUUUCAGGCAGAAGUAUCUGACAUUGGGGACAGAGAAGCCACAACAGACAAUGGAAGCAUCAUAGAAAACAGUGCUUGCUAUCGAGCUGUCUGGUAUUCUCAGGCUGCGAGGGAUGAAA